GAUUACAAACUUAUCAAUUAAAUUAAUUAGAAGUCAAAAUGGCAUCAGAGGAGGAAGGUGCAGUGAGUCCAAUGGGAGAGGUUCUCAAAGAUCCAUCAUUCUCUUUAUUCGUGCUUUCCGUGAUUGAGCUCGAUGAACCAGUCGAUGUCUCUGAGGCCAAGAAAGCCAUUCACGAAAUCCUGCUCUCCCAGAACUCAAAAUUCUCUUCUACACUGACUAGAGAUGAGAAGGGAGUUCUCAAGUGGGAGAAGACGGAGGUUAAUGUGGACGACCAUGUAUUUGUGCCUCACUUUCCUCCCCAUCUCUCAUUAUAUGACAAGCAUGUAGAGGAAUAUAUUUCAGACUUGCAUUUAAGUAAGCUUGAUCCCUCACGCCCACUUUGGGAGUUCCAUUUCAUCAAUUACAAAACCACAAAGGGCGAAGCCAUCGUGAUUCUGAAGUUGGAUCAUAUGUUAGGAGACGGUACUUCCAUUGUCUCUUUAGCUCGGGCCUGUUCUACAACCCCUCAUAAUCAUACCCCCAUAUCUUCCCCUUCCCAACACACACAACACCCACCAAUAACUACUCGUAAAUACUCACAGACUGAGACCACCACGUGGCCUGCCUUUGAAUUCAUAGCUAGGAUAUGGAAUGGACUUUUGACUCUUGUGCUUAUUGUGUGGUAUACUUUACAUGAUCUGAUUACCACUUUUCUAAGAUCGAAGUGGAUGGAGGAUAGCAGGUUCCCUCUUCGAGGGCAUCCUGGAGUGGAGCUGUUGCCCAAAGUUAUGGCUUCUUGCACUUUUACGCUCCAAGACAUUGGAGAAAUAAAGAAACGCGUUGAUGGGACUCUGAAUGACGUAAUAAUGGGCGUCGUACUCAACGGAUUUCAACUCUACUGCAAGACGGUUCUUAGUGAUCUAAAACAAACAGAGAAUUUGAGAGUUACAGCUGUAGUUUUACUGAACACAAGGUCCCGACAUGGAAAAAAGAGGGUAGGGGAGGUGGAUAAACCAGGAGCUACAAAGGGAAACAAAUUUGGAGUUUUAUUCUUGCGAGUGCCUAUGAAGAAGUUGAAAAACCCUUUGGAGUAUGUCCGAAGAGCAAAGCACAUGUUAGACAAGCAGAAAAUGUCACUAGCAGCUUUUUUAAUAGGCAAAAUGUUGCCCUAUAUUACACGAUUCAGAGGUGCACAGACAUCGGCUAAAGUUAUGUACACUCCAUUUGCCAACACUACCAUUGCGGUGACAAAUAUGAGGGGCCCAUCGGAACAGAUGAUCUUUGCAGGGUACAAAGUCAGAGGUGGAUUCUUUACAGUCUCGGGUCUUCCAACAAGUAUUCUUGUGACGUGCUACAGUUAUAUGGGAAAGCUGAGGAUGCAGGUGAUUACAACAAAGGGUUAUGUGGACGCGAACAAGCUCUCUAUGUGCUUCCAAGAGGCAUUCCUUGACAUCAAAGAUGCCUCUGAAAAUGCAUUGGAUUCUUAGACUCUACAUAUCCCUCCUUAUUGUUGAUGUGAAGUUUCUCUUGCAUGAGAAAUUGAAUUUUUAUUUACAUCUUGUAUGUUUAAAAUAAUGUUUAAUGUAUUUUAUUCAGAACUACUUUCUUGUAAUAUUUCAAUUAGAGAAUCUUUAAUAUUAAUAUGAGUGAGAUUUAUAUUUA